AUGGGGGAAGAAGGCGGCGGCCGCAGCUGUGGGACCACUAGGGAGCUGCAGAAGCUGAAGCAGCAGGCGAUGGAGUACUACCGGGAGAACGACGUUCCGCGCAGGCUGGAAGAGCUGCUCAACUCCACCUUCUACCUCCAGCCUGCCGAUGUCUACGGGCACCUGGCAAACUGCUUUUCUAAACUUGCAAAGCCUCCCACCAUAUGCAAAGUCGUGGGGAAAAAUGUGCUGGAUGGACUGGGGCUUCCAACACUACAAGUGGAAAUAUUCUGCACCAUUCAAAAUUUUCCCAAGAAUAUAUGUUCUGUGGUGAUCUCAACUCACUUCGAAGUCCAUGAGAACGCUUUACCCGAGCUAGCUGAAGCAGAGGAAUUAGAAAGGUCAGAUGCCGUCAGCACUGCGGUGCGGUGGGUCAACGAAACCAUCACCGAGGAGCUUCAGGGCUUAGCUCCUUCCAACCAGGCUGAGGUGGAUCAGGUGCUCAGGACAUUCUUUGAAAGUAAAGUACAAGAAGAUAAGGAGAGAAAAGAAUUGGAAAAGAGCCUGGAAGACUCCACAGUGCCUACACCUUCACCUCUAACACCACCACUGCCUCCUCCACCUCCAGCCAAAAAAAAAGGACAAAAGCAAGGGAGGAAGGAUACUCUUACAGAAAAACCAAUUAUACCCCCAGAACCUGUUGAACCCAUACUCUGUGGCAGCAUGGCCAUAGGAGCUGUGUCACUGGCUGUUGCCAAAACCAGUGCCGUGCUGGGCAGUAAUCCUCUAUACUUAAAUAUUGCACUGCUGAAGCACCACCAGGAGCAGCCGGCAAAGCUAACUAUACCUCUCCUGAUGGUAUCUCUGGUCAGCUGUGGGAAGUCAUCACCUGGCAAGCUGAAUUUAAUGAAAGAAGUGAUUGGUAUACCCCAUCCUGGACUAACAGCUAAACAAGGUGUGGACAUGCUUCUGGAAAUUCAGAAACACAUUAACCAAGCAAUUGAAAUGUCCCCUCCUCCAAAACCAGAGACAAGAAAAAGUCAAAAUGGAGGCAAAAGAGGUCAACAGCAGAUCACCGGCAAGAUGUCCCAUCUUGGCUGUUUAACCAUUAAUUAUGACACCAUAGAGCAGCCACUGCUCCUAAUACAAGGAAUCUGUGCGAACCUGGGGCUAGAAAUGGGAACGAAUCUCCACCUAGCCAUCAACUGUGCUGCACAUGAACUGAUGGACUAUAGUAAAGGAAAGUAUGAAGUGAUGAUGGGAACCUACAAAAAUGCAGCUGAGAUGGUUGACCUGUAUGUGGAGCUGAUCAACAAGUUCCCUUCAAUUAUUGCCUUAAUUGAUCCUUUCAGGAAGGAGGACUCUGAACAGUGGGACAGCACCUACAAUGCUCUUGGCUCCAAGUGUUACAUAAUUGCAGGCACCGCAUCCAAAAGCAUCUCUAAACUUCUAGAGGAUGGGAACGUCGGCAUCCUCAGAUGCAGCGGGCUGAUCGUAAAACACACAAAUCAAACUACGAUGUCCGACUUGGUGGAAAUGACCAAUCUUAUUGACAGUAAGAAGCACAUCGCUGUCUUUGGAAGUGCAGAAGGAGAGUCGUCUGAUGACAGCCUUGUCGAUUUGGCCGUUGGACUUGGUGUCCGGUUUAUCAAGUUGGGAGGUCUUUCUCGUGGCGAACGGGUGACUAAGUACAAUCGCCUCUUUACUAUAGAGGAAGAACUUGUCCAGAAUGGAACACUGGGUUUCAAUGAAGAACACACAUUUUUCUACUUGAAUGAGGAAGCCGAAAAGGCUGCCAUGGCUGGUGAGCUUCCUGAGCCCCCGGAGCCCAUCUUCGCCACAGAAGUUGUGGAGGAAUCAGCCAAAACAUGAGUGUCUUCCAGACGGGCUGCACACGCCCCAGCUGACAGACACACCACUGUAUUGUUAGACUGGGAGCUCUCAAGUGUGUCUUCAUUUUGGUUUUGCUCUAAAACUUCACUAACUUGUGUGCUUUUUCUUCUUUUAAUUUCACUGUUUGGUGAAAUACAGAGAUAGUAUUUUGUCCGGAAUUAUACCUGUGAACCUUGUCUUCUGGCCAUCACGUUCCUAUGGGGAUCUUGUUUGUAUACGAGCUCUCCUGUCCAUUUUGGGGGGUCAUGACCUAGUAAAAGAGUACAAUAUUUUUGCCACCAACUCCACACUCAGUUCAAAUACCUCAUACUUUACAAGUCAGAACAUUUCUGAAAAAAAUCUUUCACACUAGGAGCUCUCUCUGCCAGGAAGGUGUACAUCUUCUGUUUCAUGGAUUUUUUAAGAGCGAAUAGCUUCCUCUCACUUUCCUACCCUUAAUUCCCUUUUCUUUGAUUCCCAUCUCUUUCUAAAUUUUAGUUGUUCAUCUAUCAUUUAUAUCUUUGGGGGUCUCCUCAGAUCCUUUUUGGAACAAGAAUGAGCAUAAGUGAGUAAACACAUCAAUGAAUGAAUAUUCUUAAAGCAA